AUGAAGGCUCUUAUUUCCAACCGCAGAAUUGCCACCAGGUUUGUCAACCUCGUCUGUGGCAGUUCGGUCGGUGGUCAAGGGGGACAGGUUAAAGACGAUGUUCCCGUUCCUCCAAUCUCGCCCGACGAGAUUUUGGUCAAAGUUAAGGCGGUCGCGUUGAAUCCGACGGAUUUCAAGCACCUAGACGCCAUUUCUCCUCCUCACUCCAUCAUAGGCUGCGACUAUGCCGGCGUGGUCCAACAGGUCGGCAGCGCCGUCAGCCGAUGGACACCCGGCGAUCGUGUGGCGGGCGCCGUGCACGGUGGCCUUUUUCCCGACAAGGGCGCUUUCGCCGAGUACUUGAAAGUCGACUCGGAUUUGGCUUGGAAGAUUCCUGAUGAAAUAAGCGACACGGACGCCACCACCUACGGCGUCUCAGCUGUGACUGCCAUGUUGACCCUCAAUGUCCGUCAUGGCCUCCCCUUCGUCCAAGGUGAUGAGGCAGCCCUCAGAGAUGAGGCGAUCUUCAUCUAUGCUGGAGCCACCAGCGCUGGGCUGUUUCACAUCCAGAUUGCAAAGGCAGCUGGGUAUAGAGUUGUUACGACUGCCUCGCCGCGUUCAUUCGACCUUGUCAAGGCGUACGGUGCCACUGCAGUGUUUGACUACAGGUCGGCAACCGUUGCAGCAGAUGUCAUCAAGGCGUAUCCUAAGAUCUCGAAGGCCGUCGAUUGUUUCUCCGAAGGAAAAUCUACUUCCGUAUGUGCAGAAGUACUGAAAAACACUGGCGGUACGGUGGUAACGCUAUUGCCUAACGGCAAGUCAAGCGUACCGGGCGUGGCGUACGAGAUGGUGAUGGCGUAUACAUUGUUCGGUCACCCUUUUCAGUGGUUACCCCCAAUCGGCCCAAAGUUCGAGGCCAAACCAGCCGACCGCGAAGCUCUUGUCCGCUUUUACAAAGUCCUUCCAACAAUCACACACAUCUUAAAACCGAUUCCUACUGUCAAGCAAAAGGAAGGGUUUGAGGGUAUUUUAGAUGGAUUGAACAAACUACGAGCAGGCACUGUAGCUGGGGGCAAGUUAGUAGUGGAUUUUCCAGCUUAG